AUGGCGGAGAAGGAGAGCAAGAAGCGCAAGAGGCAGUCUAACGGCGUCGAUACGCCUAGCAAGAAGGUCGCAAUUGAUGCGGGCGGCAACAUCAAGGUCUCAUACACCGAGGAGAAUGGCGUGGUCUUGCUGUCGACACCGGGUGUGAAUGCACCACGAGUCCCGUUCAAGGCCUACGCAAAGGCUACGUCGACGAAGCAUGCAAACGAUGCUGUGAAGCCAAAGACCCACGAUCUGCUGCUACAAUCCUCACAACACCCUCGGCUCGACUAUACCGCAGUCCCAGACACGCUCGACCAGCACACUUCCCACUACGUCGCCGUUUUCGACCCUGCAACAAAAGAGCUACAUGUCACGCCGGCACAUCACCUCAGCCUACGAAGCACUUUACGAUCAGAAGUGCAAGAAGUAGAACAGGACAGGCUGACUCUAGCGCAACAGAGGGAAGAGCUAGGUCGUGAAUUCGGAACCAAGAAGGCGAAGAAGGCGAUUCUGAGCAAGACGGAGAAUGCCAUCACACAAGACACGAAAGGCAAGGGCAGAGUGACGGAUGUGCAGUCUGCGAUUCUGGAGUCAGUGGGCGGCACGACCGCAGGAGCAGCCAACAGGGAUGCACAACAAGACGCUGAGACGCAGCUCGCGGCUAAACCGAUACCAAGGCCCAACCUCAGUGCCGAGACCGUGGAAGACGUCUACUCUUUCGACACCCUCAUACCACCCAGCGAUGCUCGUAUGAUACAGAUCAAGGAAUGGCAGGACAAGGUCCGAGCCGACGAAGUCAUCCAAUUCAAACACCGCUUCCCAGCCGAUCGAGUGGAGGCCAUCGCUAAGAGCGACGAUGCCAUCAAGCUCAAGGCUCUGCGGUAUCUGACUCUACUUCUCGAGUUCCACGACGUUCUGGGCAGCAAUCGAGGCGGGAAGAAAGUCCCCAAGAAAGAUAUCCUCUCCAAGCGACUUCCUGGCUGGCCGCAGAAUCUUGUCGACACCGUUCGUCGGCGCUUCACCAAUGACUCGGGCUCAGAGCUGGGGAAGUGGCAGCUUGACAAUAUGUACACUCAUAUGUGUGCGCUGUCACUGUACAUCGACGGCUGGACGACGGAUACGAGCAACCUGAAGGAUGAUCUCAAAAUGGAGACGAAGCAGAUCUCGCAGUACUUCAACGAGCUGGGCUGCAAAGUCAGCGCACCAACAGAGGCCGAGAAGACCGCAAGAAAAAUCGGCAAGGCUCAAGCGGCGGUGACCAGAAUGGCGAGACUGAAACUCCCACUCGAAUUCCCCAAGCCCCGAGCCGCGAGGAGGCGAUAG